AUGGCGAAAUCUGUCUUGAGCUCGGACACACUGCCGAAGGCAGGCCGAGUAAACGAAGGUAUAGAUAUAUUUUUUCAAUGUUUCUUGUCACUUUUGAAUAGAAUCACUUCGUUCGACUGGCAUGUCUAAUGAGUAUUCCUUCGACGAUGUACAGUGUGUCGUGAAUGGCUGGUACACGAAGACGGAGCUCUCGCGUACCGUCUGCAAGAUGAAGAAAGUAAGAAUACCACCUCUAGUUUCUGCAAUAUCCUUGAUUUUCAUUGAAUAUUUUCAUUGUCUUGCUAUGCCUUGUUAGUCAAGGAACACUACACGGGCAACAAAAUCCGCAAUGCACAAGUUAGGGAGGACUUACCGAGGGCCAAGGUUGAGCAGGAGUUGGAAGAGCUCAGAUAUCAGUCUUAUAUUCAACAGCAGUUUAUACCUUAUUGGAGUGUUCCUGAUUUCAGAGAGGAAAGAGAUGCCCUUGUUGCGAGACAGAUCGCAUUAUCUCUGGAACGAGAAGAAAGGCAGAGAGAGCGAGAGUUACAAGAGCAGAUGAGGCUGCAACUGAGAUUAGACGACGAAGCUGCACAGCUUGAGAUGAAACGACACAUUCAAGAAGUAAAAGACGAGGAAUUAGCGAGGAAACUGCAGCAAGAAGAAGAAGAAAAUGCUGUGGAUAAUCAUGACGGUCCCGUUAACGAGCAACUACUGUUAGAUCAAAAAAUCGCGAUGGAGGCGCAAGACGCGGAACUAGCGCGGAUGCUUCAAGAAAAGGAACGAGCCAAGAUAAGAAAAGCGAGACAGAGAGCAAGACAGAGGAAACUAGAACGACAGCAGCUUCAAGAAUUAGAGGAGCAGAAUCUUGCAGAGAAACCUCAACGACCUGACAGACUAGACUUGAAAGGCAAGACUAGAGUUCAGCCAACCUUAAAUUACCCGCAGUAUCCUGAUCCUGAAGAGAUACAAACGUUGGACGAGUCUAGCGAAAAUGUAAGAGAGGUGCAAAACGUAGCUGCAAUUAUUGAUCCUACAUACAAUGGAAAUACGCAUAGAAACACUUCAAGUAGCUCAAGUAGCACAGUAAGCCCUACGUAUGCAUUGCCUACACCACCACAGGAACUUAUGAAUGACGAUGCUCCAUGUUACAUGCCUAUACAGGGACAACGAAGAAAUCAAAUGCAAUCCCCAUCCCAAACUCAUGAAGAGAAACAUAAACGUCGAGUAAAAGAUGGUUGUAAACAGCAGUAAAGAUAGUCUAUUAAAUCUAUCUCUCCUAUCUAUAAGAAAUAUUUUUUAAUAGGACAUUUUCGUUGCCAUGAUAUAUAAGUUACUGUUCAUAAGUUACGUAGAAAUUCUUACGGUAUAUGCAUCUAACUUGCAAAGAUAUUUCCAUCUUUCGUUUACGAAGAAAUAUACUUAAUGAAAGCAAUAUAAAGAUAAAUGUGCCUUUUAAAAAGGUACGGUGUAAGGCAAUCAACGAAUAUCGAUAACUGAUUAACAUUUGAUAACGAAUUACACCGUCCUGAAUCUUAGAUCUGCCUUUUUCCAUGUACGUUUAUAUCAAACUCGAGAAUAUAUAUUAUACAAUGAUGUCAGAGAUUUUUAUUGAAAAAAGAAGAAUGAAGAAUAAAAAAAAGUAGACAAUCAGAAUUAAGAUUAAAAAGAGAAGAUUAAUUGUAUCAAGCAGCGAUGUACAAAUCAAUCAUUUAGACUGAAUAUCAAAUGAUAUAAUUGAGAGAUUUUAAUCGAAUUUAUAUAUACAAUUAUUGCUCUCUAAAUUUAAUAUAGAGUUAACAUACGUUUCCAAGCUUUUUUUUAAAGCAAAAUAUUUCUUUUUUUUAAUUUUUAAUUAAGGCGCAGAAUCUUAAGAAGAAUAUAUUUACUGCCAAAGAGGAUACUUGUAACGUUCAUUUUGUACCAGACAAAGUUUAG